AUGAAUUCCAACCAAAAUCAAUUGCCUUAUUCAAAAGAUAUAGAAACGGAGAGAAUGAAUACAACGUUGGAAACAUCCAUCAAUUCCAAAUCUCAUUCAUCCAUUCCAUCUUGUCCAAAUCAUGAUUCACAAUCAGAAACAAAUUCUUCAUUGAAUUUACCACCCAAGAGAUUGACUGUACCAAUUCAACAUGACAAUCUCUUUGAUUCCACACGACCUCGGAGUUGUAGAUCUCUUCCUCCGAAACCACUCAUUCGUAUUUCACAGUACGAAGUUGAAUAUUCCUCUGUAGAACAAGAAUUUCGAAGAGAAUUUUUGAAUUAUCAAUUAAGGGAAUAUAAAUUUCCUCAAAAAUCUUCAAUGAGGAAGACAAGUCGUUGUGAACAUGAUGUGGCUCUUCCUGAUCAGUUUUUAUGGGAUUUGAAACAUUCCAAGAGAAAAUAA